GAACAAUCAACAUUCCUCUGCGACACAUCAUCAACGCGCGGCCGUUACGUUUAAUACAAUGCGUGAGGCCGAUAAGUUGAGGAGAAAAUAUCGAGAAAACCGCGCGAGAAAAAAAGAAGGGGAGAAGAAACUGUUCGAUAGAGCGAAAUUUUGGGAAACUUUUUUCUUGAAAACAAGUACUAGUGCUAGUGGUGGUGCUGCAGGUGGAGGAGUUACAGCGAGGCUUUCUCUUGCAGGACAAACUAUGGGCUCGCUGGGAGUGAUCGUUGCUGCAGCAUUAAGGAAAAAGACGACUGUUCUGAUCAACACACCUAAAACUCCUGGUAACAUCAGAGAACAUCAGAUGCUAGAACUACCACUUGUCGCCAAAUCCGGCACGGCGUCCUAUUUACAACUGGAGAAACGAAGUACAGUGUCACCAGCUGCCCUCAUUUCAAGUUUGGAGUACCUAGAUGUGCUAUUUCGCAUGUCAACAGGGUCUCUGUUAGCUUGUAGAAAUAAAGAGUCUUCAAAGGACACUUCUCGUGGUGACGAUGGCGCCCACCUCAACAUCAACAACUUAACUACCUCUACUUCCUUUGCAGUGAUUUUCGUGUGCAAAAUGCUUACAGGCCUGAGGGAAAUUCUCAAGGAUUCCAAAAAUGGAACUAGUUGUAGUACUGGAGGAACUUUGGGAACCACGACAGCGUCUGCCGCUGGAUCACCAGCGUCAGCCUUUGUGCCUCUAGAGCAAGGUGUAGUGACGUUUUUACGUUGGCUGCUUCGAGAUGCACGGACAGCUUUGUGGCGAUUGUUACAGGCACAGGAAGACGAAAAACAUAUUGACUCGAUUUUUACGCAUGUUUUCAGUGGGCAACAGGAGACGAGCACCGAUUCCGACAAGACUGCUAGUAUGCAGAAAGAAGCUGUUGACGACGUCGUGAAAGAACGCGAAGAGAAAAGCCGAACCACAAGUGGCCCUGUUCCGGACGAAGCAGAACAAGGAGAUGCUGUUUUUUCCGACGCACAUCAUGGUGCUGACGAGGAGGAAAAAGUUCAUAAUCUUCAUCAUGACUUCAAUGAAGGAACGUCGCGGCAUGCCCACGCUGGCUCGUUGAAUUCGUUGCGUCGUCGUUCAACUCAUGCAGCGGGAACAACGACGCCCGAUGAAGAUGAAGGAUCUUCACCUGCAAAUGAUCGUGGAGUAGAUAAGCAAGGAAGAAACACCGGAAACUACGAAACUACUGAGGUUUUUCAAGAUGUUGUAACUGGCGUGAAGGAAGAAGAUCAAGAUGAGGACGAUGACAGUUCGAAAUAUAACACGAUUGCAGGAGGAGUCGCAGAUCAAGUGCAGCCGCGUAAGAGCAUGGUCGGCGGGUCAAUGAAGAAAAUAUCCAGACGUGCUGGCACGCGGGCGCAUCUAGCAUUGGAUGUUUCUGGCGGAACUAGUCUUGAGCUCCUGGAAAAGCAAAAAGAGCUACGCUCUAGUCCUGCAAAUGGUUAUCCGACUGGUGGUGGUGGUGCUCCACAUCACAAGAGGACGAUCACCCAAGAAGAGCAUAAGCGAAUCAGACAGGAGUUUCAGGAAACAGUUUAUCAAGCAUGCAUCGCGAAUUGGGACGUGAUCAGGAUAGUAAGGAAACAAAGAGCAUGGGAACAACAACAAAUGGCAGUACAAGCGAUUCCUGGAGUAGGUGGAACAGGGCGUCGACGAUCCUUGUCGCAUGGCGGUGAGACGAGACGGCGUGGAAGCAUCUUCGCAGAUCGAGGAGAUAUUUUGGAGUUGGAAGAAAGCGCAGAUGGAGAGUCACUUUUCCAUGCGACGUCUUUGGAGACUCUGUCGGAAGAUGCGCACCAUAUUAUUCCUUCUGUCUUUGGACAAAUAGGAGAAGCCACUGAUGAUGUUGACCACAAGGAGAUUGAUGUGGGUGGUGGAGGUGUUGAUGAUUCGCCAACAGGAGAAGCAAUAUCUAAGACUUCAAACAGGACUAUCAACAACAAGAUGAAAGACCGAAAAAAUCAGUUAAUGAUUGACACGAAAGACGGAGGUGCGGAAAGUGGUGGCCCGACUACUAGCAACCCAGGGUCUCCUUCGAAUCUGCAGAAAAAGAAGGACUCAACAGCCGCAACUCCAACCUCUUCUCCA